AUGGCUGAUGAAUUGAAGGCCCUGGCGAACGAGGCGUUCCGUGCAGGUCACUAUCCGCGCGCAGUAGAGCUAUAUACGCAAGCUAUUGAGCAACUGGACAGUCCUCGAGCAGAGUACUUCACAAACAGAGCCUCGGCUCACUUUCAAAACGGCGACUUUGUAGCUGCUAAGGCCGAUGCGGAGGCCGCGAUUGAUAUUGACCCCAACUCUACAAAGGGCUACUGGAGGAUUGCAGAGUGCGAACGGAUCAUGCAUCAGCUAGAUAAAUCUAUUGAGUACUAUCGUCGUGCUCUGGAAACUAAGCCGAAUAAUCGUAAAAUUGUACUUGCAAUCCGAGACGUCCAACGCCUCAUUGAUAUUGCAAAGCCUUCCCAUGGUUUGACCGCCAAUUCUCUUCUCCAGGCUCUACACUCUGUGCCUACCCCGACUCGAUCUUCCAGCAGUGGUAUUGGCAUAGGUGGGUUCGGAGGAUUCCCAGGUAUGGGUGGCUUUGGAAGUAGCGGAGACGCUCCAGCUAAGGUGGACGAAUCAUCGCGCAAAGAUACGCCUGAGCUUCCUACCGACCCUGGGCUGCUUUCUACCACAGAAGAAGCACAGAAGGUCUACACACGCGAAUGGUAUGACGCUUCCUUUGCUUACAUGAAGUCUGAUCUCUUCAAGAGUGAUGUGAUGCGUGAGCUUGUGCGCCGUGCAGGUGAGCUUAUGAACAAGGAGAGCACCUGUCUCGCCCUCUCCAUUGAUCCUGACGAGCGUUUAGCUAUAGUAGGAGACAUCCACGGAUCCCUGCCGGAUCUUUGUGCCAUCAACGAAAAACUUGUGCCUAUGAUGUUCUCUGAAAAGAUGAAAGCAGUCUUCCUUGGUGAUUAUGUUGAUCGUGGGCCUAAGGGGCACACAGUAGUCACGGCUUUGCUCUGCCUCAAGCUCUGCUUCCCUGAUCGCGUCUUUCUACUACGUGGCAAUCAUGAAACGGUUUCGAUGAAUAGUUUCUUUGGAUAUCGACCCCAAGUCGACGAAGGAUACGGGACAGAAUCGGGUAUGUUUGACACCAUGACGUCGCUCUUUGCCACAAUGCCGCUUUGUUGCCUAAUUAACAAGGAGAUUUUCUGCACACACGGCGGAGCACCUCUCCGUGCCGACGUUUGUGGCGACGAAAUUAAUAAGCGUAUCCCCGUACGCAGGGUCGAGAUGGAUGAUCCCCUUGUCUCAGAAUUGACGUGGUCUGAUCCUUCUCAGACACCAAUAGACAGCUCAUCCGGAGAUGGUCCCGCUCACACGCGUCCGUCACAUCGGGGUGUCGGGCUAGUCUAUGACUAUCGCGCUUUUCAGACAUGGGCUAAGAAGCACGGUAUCAAGAAGCUUUUCCGUGCACACGAAGCUAUACAACCGAUUGGUGUCCGCUUUGACUUUGAGCACAACGCAAGUGCUGAUCAUGAGCAUUACACCGUCUUCAGUUCUUCAAACUACGUUGGGAUGCCUAACAAGGGGUCCUUUGUUCUUUUUGAACAGGGGCUAAGGUCUUUCGACACGAUUAUGCUUAUGUAG